AUGAAGCUUUGCGAACAGGACAAAUUCUACAGUGAAGGGCAUACUUGUGCGCACUUUGAGCUUCAUUUGUGUUCCAAACCCAAAACCUCCCGCCGCCGCGCCGCCGCCGACAACCUCCGGUCCUUCAUGGCGUCGGAUAAGAAACUGUCGAACCCAAUGAGGGAGAUCAAGGUCCAGAAGCUGGUCCUCAACAUCUCCGUCGGCGAAAGCGGUGACCGUCUCACCAGGGCUGCAAAGGUGUUGGAGCAACUCAGUGGGCAGACGCCCGUUUUCUCGAAAGAAUAUAACUCAAGCGAUGUGAGUGGGAGGCUCGAAAACAUAUCUAUAGAUGUAAUCAAUACUGCCGUGGAACGUGACAGACUUCUCCUAAAGAUUUUCAAAUUCGAAGCCAUUGCUGCUGUCUCGUAUGAAAAUCCACUAUCUAAAUGUGGCGGUGUUGUGAUUUUGGCCUGGUCCCAAAACUUGCUUUCCAUCAAUUCCCAUCUUGUACACGAUGAAAGAUGCAAGGGAUUCUCCGAACAAUCAAGGUACACUGUACGGUCCUUUGGGAUCAGAAGAAAUGAAAAGAUUGCUUGCUAUGUGACUGUCAGAGGCGACAAGGCAAUGCAGCUUCUCGAAAGCGGCCUGAAGGUCAAGGAAUACGAAUUGCUGAGAAGGAACUUUAGUGAGACUGGGUGCUUCGGUUUUGGCAUUCAGGAGCACAUUGAUCUCGGCAUAAAGUACGACCCAUCAACUGGGAUCUAUGGUAUGGAUUUCUAUGUUGUCUUGGAGAGGCCCGGUUAUCGUGUGGGCCGCCGCCGAAGGUGCAAAUCGCGUGUUGGAAUCCAGCACAGGGUCACGAAGGAGGAUUCCAUGAAGUGGUUUCAGGUGAAAUACGAAGGUGUCAUUCUCAACAAGGCAUCUAACAUUGGAGCUUAGGGGAUUUUUACCCUUCUUGAUAUUUAUAUGCUUUUCACUGGUUAUAAUUGUUUUUUUCUUUUUUUCUUCUUUUUUUUU